GGAAGAACAGAUAUAGUGAAUGCAGGGUCCGGGGAGACCGGAUAUAGCAAAUGCAGGGUCCUGGGAGAGCGGAUAUAGUGAAUGCAGGGUCUGGAGAGACCAGAUAUAGUGAAUGCAGGCUCUGGGAGAGCGGAUAUAGUGAAUGCAGGGUCCGGGGAGACCAGAUAUAGUGAAUGCAGGGGUCCGGGGAGAGCGGAUAUAGUGAAUGCGGGGUCCGGGGAGAGCGGAUAUAGUGAAUGCCGGGUCCGGGGAGAGCGGAUAUAGUGAAUGCAGGGUCUGGGGAGAGCAGAUAUAGUGAAUGCGGGGUCCGGGGAGAAAGGAUAUAGUGAAUGCGGGGUCCGGGGAGACCAAAUAUAGUGAAU